AUGUGUGGAAUCCUUGCAGUCUUCGGUUGUGUGGACAACUCCCAAGCCAAACGCUCCCGCAUCAUCGAGCUCUCCCGGAGGUUGAGGCACAGGGGUCCUGAUUGGAGCGGGCUGCACUGCUAUGACGAUUGCUAUCUGGCUCAUCAGCGAUUGGCCAUCAUAGACCCUGCCUCAGGGGAUCAGCCACUUUACAACGAAGACAAGACUGUUGUCGUCACAGUUAAUGGGGAGAUAUACAACCACAAGGAGCUGCGUGAGAAAUUGACUUCCCAUCAGUUCCGGACUGGCAGUGACUGUGAAGUGAUUGCACAUCUAUAUGAAGAGUAUGGAGAAGAUUUUGUGCACAUGUUGGAUGGCAUGUUUUCCUUUGUUCUUCUUGACACACGUAACAAAACUUUCAUUGCAGCUCGUGAUGCAAUUGGUAUCACACCACUUUAUAUGGGCUGGGGCCUUGAUGGAUCGGUGUGGUUUGCUUCAGAAAUGAAAGCACUGAGUGAUGACUGCGAGCGAUUCGUGUCUUUCCUGCCAGGGCACAUUUAUUCAAGCAAGGAAGGAAGUCUUCAGAGGUGGUACAACCCAACAUGGUAUACGGAAGAAGUACCUUCAACACCAUAUGAUCCGCUGUACUUACGUGAGGCCUUUGAGAAGGCUGUGACCAAACGGCUUAUGACAGAUGUACCAUUUGGAGUACUUCUCUCAGGAGGACUGGACUCUUCACUUGUUGCUUCUGUGGCUUCUCGAAAGAUGGCUGAAUUAGCAGCUGCUUGCCAGUGGGGAACACAAUUGCAUACCUUUUGUGUUGGUUUGAAGGGUUCCCCGGACCUAAGAGCUGCUAGAGAGGUAGCUGAUUAUCUCCACACUCGUCACCAUGAGUUCCAUUUUACUGUUCAGGAAGGGAUAGAUGCACUCGAGGAAGUCAUUUACCACAUUGAAACAUAUGAUGUGACCACUAUUAGAGCAAGCACACCAAUGUUCCUUAUGUCUCGAAAAAUCAAGUCUCUAGGAGUGAAGAUGGUACUUUCUGGGGAAGGCUCAGAUGAGAUAUUUGGAGGCUACUUGUAUUUCCACAAAGCACCCAACAAGGAAGAGCUUCACAAAGAGACUUGCCGUAAGAUUAAAGCUCUGCAUCUUUAUGACUGCUUGAGGGCCAAUAAGUCAACUUCAGCAUGGGGUCUUGAAGCUCGUGUACCCUUCUUGGAUAAAGAGUUCAUAAAUGUUGCAAUGAACAUAGAUCCAGAAUGGAAGAUGAUCCGACCUGACCUUGGAAGGAUUGAGAAGUGGAUACUGCGUAAUGCAUUUGAUGAUGAGAAGAACCCUUACCUGCCAAAGCACAUACUGUACAGGCAGAAAGAACAAUUCAGCGAUGGAGUUGGAUAUAGCUGGAUUGAUGGCUUAAAGGAUCAUGCAAACAAUCAAGUUACAGAUGCAAUGUUGGUGAAUGCAAGCUUCGUCUAUCCGGAAAACACUCCUACUACGAAAGAAGCAUACUACUACAGGACUAUAUUCGAGAAGUUCUUUCCAAAGAAUGCUGCCAGGGCAACAGUACCUGGCGGUCCAAGUGUGGCUUGCAGCACAGCGAAAGCAGUAGAAUGGGAUGCAGCUUGGUCCAAGAAUCUCGACCCAUCUGGCCGUGCUGCCACUGGCGUGCAUGACUCUGCAUACGAGGAUGCUGCUAAGACUCCCUCUGCCAUGAAUGGUGCCUAA